GCCGGGGCGGCCGCGGCGCGUGGAGCUCGGAGGAGCCAGGCGGGGCAGCCGCGCAGUCACCACGGAGCAGCCGCGGGACUGGCCGUCCCGCGCCCCCUUCGCCGCCGUGCCGUUCCCCGGCGCGCUCACCCCCUUCUCGGGAUGGGAUUGUAGCGGCGGCGCGGACUCGGCGGGGAUCGCGGCGGAGGCGGCGGCGGCAGCGGCCGAGCGGGGCUCCAUGUUUUCGCCCGGCCAGGAGGAGCACUGCGCCCCCAAUAAAGAGCCGGUGAAAUACGGGGAGCUGGUGGUACUGGGGUACAAUGGUGCUUUACCCAAUGGAGACAGAGGACGGAGGAAAAGCAGAUUUGCUCUCUAUAAGCGGCCCAAAGCCAAUGGCGUCAAACCCAGCACGGUCCAUGUAAUAUCCACGCCCCAGGCGUCCAUGGCUAUCAGCUGCAAAGGUCAACACAGUAUAUCCUACACUUUGUCAAGAAAUCAGACUGUGGUGGUCGAGUACACGCAUGAUAAAGAUACGGAUAUGUUUCAGGUGGGCAGAUCAACAGAAAGCCCUAUCGACUUCGUGGUCACAGACACAAUUUCUGGUGGUCAGAACAGUGACGAAGCCCAGAUCACACAGAGCACCAUCUCCAGGUUCGCCUGCAGGAUAGUGUGUGACAGGAACGAACCGUACACAGCACGGAUAUUUGCAGCCGGGUUUGACUCUUCCAAAAACAUAUUUCUUGGAGAAAAGGCAGCAAAGUGGAAAAACCCCAACGGCCACAUGGAUGGGCUCACUACGAAUGGUGUCCUGGUGAUGCAUCCAAGAGGGGGCUUCACUGAGGAGUCCCAGCCUGGGGUGUGGCGUGAGAUCUCCGUCUGCGGGGAUGUGUACACUUUGCGAGAAACCAGGUCGGCCCAGCAGAGGGGAAAGCUGGUGGAAAGUGAGACCAACGUCCUGCAGGAUGGCUCCCUCAUUGACCUGUGUGGAGCCACUCUUCUCUGGAGAACAGCAGAUGGCCUUUUUCAUACACCAACUCAGAAACACAUAGAAGCCCUCCGGCAGGAGAUCAAUGCCGCCCGACCACAGUGUCCUGUGGGGCUCAACACAUUGGCCUUCCCCAGCAUCAACAGGAAAGAGGUAGUGGAGGAGAAGCAGCCCUGGGCGUAUCUCAGCUGUGGCCAUGUGCAUGGGUACCACAACUGGGGCCACCGGAGUGACACGGAGGCCAAUGAGAGGGAGUGUCCCAUGUGCAGGACUGUGGGCCCCUAUGUACCUCUCUGGCUCGGCUGCGAGGCAGGAUUUUAUGUGGAUGCAGGACCACCAACUCAUGCUUUUACCCCCUGUGGACAUGUGUGCUCAGAGAAGUCUGCAAAAUAUUGGUCUCAGAUUCCACUGCCUCAUGGAACUCAUGCAUUUCAUGCCGCCUGCCCUUUCUGUGCAACGCAGCUGGUCGGGGAGCAAAACUGCAUCAAAUUAAUUUUCCAAGGUCCAAUCGAUUGA